AUGCGGCCACCCAUAGAGCCCGGCGCCUCCGGCGGCGACGCGGCGGCGGCGGCGGAGGCCCGGGAGCGGGAGGCCUCGGCGGAGGCGGCGCGGCGGCGGCUGGAGCAGAUUCGGGCGGCCGCGGAGGCUGCGCGUGACGCGGAGCGCCGCGAGCGCGAGUGGCUGGGCCAGCACCGCGGCGGCGCCGGCGGCAUCGCGGCGCGCGAGGCGGCGGAGCGGCUGGAAGGCGAGCGGGCGCUGAGGGCGGGGCAGGACGAGGAGUUCAAGGCGUCGCUGCUGGCGGACGCGGCGCGCGACGCGCAGCGCCGCGCAGCGGACGCGGCGCGGCGGCAGGCCGUGGAGCUGCGCGCGGCGCUGCGCGCCACGCUGCCGCCCGAGCCGCCGGCCGGCGCCGGCGCGGUGCGCGUGCGGGGCCUGGAGGAUCUGCCCGAAUCAUGGAGCCCCGGCCGGUGGUGCCUGGCCACCAGCCUGCCCCGCGUGCUGCUGCAAGACCGCGCCCAACCCGUCUCUGCCGCCGCCGGCGGCGCCACCAGCCUCGCCCUCUUCUUAGUGCAGCUCUAA